GGAAGGCUUGCGAUGACGAGCCUCGGGAUUGGUGGAUGCCGUUGUUUGGCAUGGCCCCCUGCCAAGCACUUAUGUCUUUAUAUACUGUAAACAGAUGACCGACCAGUCCCGAGUGUGUCUCUGUGUUCACCCUCUCCUUCUGGCUCUCUCCAUCUUCUCUUUCUUCUCUUCUUCAUCUUUUCUGCAGACCUUUGCUGCAUCUGUACAUCCUCAAGACUUUCUCUCAACAAGAACGGGCAAAAACUACGAACACAUCCUCCUCCAUAAAAACUCUUGAGUCACUUUUUCAAGAAACCGCCAGUCAAGCCUUCAGCUGUUUGCAGUGUCGGCGUGGGAGAAAGAAACCAUGGCUCAGCAGAUGUUGCUCUUGACGGUGGUGUCCGUGUGGCUUUUUGCCGGGUACUUUCUGGCAGAGGCAACAUAUUACAACCACCAUAUAUACAACCGCUACCGUGCGUUAAAUCACCAUGCCAACAUGGACAAUCAGCUUCCUCCAGAGGUACCUGUGGCGAAGGAAGAGGUGGCCCCUCGUCCGGUCAACUUCAGUCGCACCUUUUAUGGGAUCAUGUUUGAUGCUGGCAGCACCGGCACCCGUAUCCAUAUUUACAAGUUCAUUCAAAAAGACCCAGUGGAGCUUCCAGUGCUUGACAAUGAGAUGUACCAUGCCGUGAAGCCUGGACUGUCAGCGUAUGCAGAUAUGCCUGCUAUGGGUGGAGAAACCAUUAGGCAGCUGUUGAAGGUCGCAAAGAAGACGAUUCCCAAAGAGCAAUGGAUACAGACACCUGUGGUUCUGAAAGCAACUGCCGGCUUGCGCCUUCUGCCUCAAGAAAAAGCCAAAGCACUAUUGGAUGAGGUCAAAGAAAUUUUUGACGACUCGCCUUUCUUCGUGCCAAACAACAGCGUCACCAUCAUGAAUGGCACCAAUGAGGGGGUCUUGGCGUGGGUUACAGUAAACUUCCUCACAGGUCACUUGUAUGCUAAAACAAAGAGAACCGUUGGGAUCCUGGAUUUGGGUGGCGGUUCAACUCAGAUUACCUUUCUUCCUAGGUUAAAGAAAACUGUGCUGACUGCUCCCGAAGACUACAUUGCCAGAAUCAACAUGUUCAACAGCACUUUUGAGCUGUAUACUCACAGUUACCUUGGAAAUGGACUAAUUGCUGCACGACUGGCAACUCUUGGUGCUCUUGGUGCUGAUGGUCUUGACUGGAAAGUUUUCAGAAGUUCUUGUUUACCCAAAAAAUUCAGAGAAGACUGGAGCUUUGGUGGACUCACCUACAAAGUCAGUGGAAUCCCAGAUGGUUUUGCAGGGUACAAGUUGUGCUACCAAGAGGUACUGCGGGUGGUGAAAGGGAUUGUGCACCAGCCCUUUGAAGUCAAGGGAAGCAGCAUCUUCUAUGCCUUCUCCUAUUACUAUGAUAGAGCUGUGGAGUCUGGUCUCAUUGAUGGAUCCCGUGGUGGUACUGUGGAAGUCAGGGAUUUUAAAAAGAGAGCCAAAGAAGUGUGCAACAAGAUGACUAAAUAUCGUCCAAUCAGCCCCUUUUUGUGCAUGGACAUGACCUAUAUCACAUGCUUACUGAAGGAAGGAUUUGGGUUCAAGGAUAGCACUGUUCUGCAGCUUACUAAAAAGGUGAAUAAUGUGGAGACAAGCUGGGCACUCGGGGCCAUCUUCGAUCAUUUCCACAAUCUCAACAUUCAUUAAAUCCUGCAGUCUUGCAGUGGAUACCAGCAUGAGGGGGAAACUGACAGAGGUCAAGCACGGGCAAAACUCACCUAAUGAUGCAGCCCUUCUUUGUCCUCCUCCACAACUCUUAAAGUGAGUUUUAGACCUGCCCUGCACUGCAGCCCUGGAUCACAACGCUCUCCCCUCUCAUCAACUAAACACUUACAGAACUGUUCACAAAGAAAUCACUAUAUUUUUGUAAAGAUGGCCAGGCCAGCCUGCUAUUUCUACUGUAUGUUUACAUUUUUUUUCAGUUGUCGUCUCACCUGAGACACUGUCUGUCUGUCUGUCUAAGUUGGCAGUUUUCAAGGUUUCGAUGUUUAAUGCACCCAUUUAAAGCUCUGGAUUCAUGCUGUUGGGCAGGAUAUUGUGCAGUGGGAUACAUGUAAAACAUUGUGUUUGUUAUUGUAGCUUCUGUAGCCUCUUCUACAGUAAUCUGGUAGUAGUAGUGCUUGCACAGUAAUGUAGUGCUCUUUUAGGUUACGGUAAAUUAUACUAAAAUUUCCAUUUGGUGCCCCUAUCUAGCACGUAACACUUUAAUGUAGCUGGUUCAGCUACAGCCAUCUGUAUGUUUUAGAAAGUUGUUUGGGAUCAGCAGCUUAACCUAGGGUUGAUUGGGUAAGUAAGGAGGGAUAAGGAAAAAUCAUACAUGUACAGUCAGUUUACUUCGGUACAUAAUUGCUGUUUUAUGUAUUAAUGAAUAAUGCAUGUAAUUAUGCUUAUAUGUCUGUAUGUUAAGAAAGUCUGCAUAGCGGAGUUGUAGAGCUGAGUUAGAAGCAUAUCAGUCUUGGUGAAAUUCUAUAGGGGCUUUUUUUUUUUUAAACUAAGGUUAAACCAGCCAUGGUUUUUAACACUGAAUGGCAUGUAGUUAAAUACACUUGCACUGCAGCCAUUACAAAUUAUAAAAGUUAUAAAAACGCUUAAUCCUAUAAAUACUUGGAUAAAAUAUAACUCAAAUGACUACUGGUCAAAAGUUAUUAAAGUAGACAUUAAACAUUACUGUAUUCAAAAUGGAGUUAUUUUUAUGCCAACAUGCAAACAGAGUUUAGAGUACCUUGAACCUCAUUUAUGUCGUUAAACUUGGGUUGGUUAUUGUGGAUGGCUCUAUUGUGUAAGUAAUUUUAUGGAGUCAUUGUGUAGAACAGCAUUGAAACGUUACUGCUAUGUGUAUGCAGAAAUGCUCAGGUGUAACUGGGCAGAACUAGGUCAGAUUUUGUGUUAAACGUGACAGGUAUAUACUGCUGACCGAUUUAGGACCAAGUAUCAUGUUAAGUGUCUUUUGUGAAUUAUUGUACAAAUAUUUAUUACAUGAAUACUUGCUAAAUAUGCAGUGUGCCAUUGUUACAUUUCUUGUUAACCCAUCUGCUUUUUUAAAGCUGCUUCAGUAUACCUUUUUAUCUAUUUUACUAUGUCUGUAUAUACACAUCAGUAAUGUACUUUUUUUAAUGUAAUUUUUACCAGUUGUCAUAAAUCAAUGUAUGACAUGAUAUUAUCAUGUACUGCUUUGCCAUUUUAGAGGUAUUCUCAACAGAAAAUGCUAUAAAUAUGCUUUCCAGUUCAAUGUUGUGUAUGAAGUGCUAUUGUACAUGAAUAAAACAUAUUAUAAAAAUUUGUUGUUGAAUAGUUUAACUAAAGGAUAUUUUAAAGAUAAAAUGCACAAACCUACAAACUUCUCGUGAUCCAUUAA